AUGAGUAGUCAACGAAUGCCGGAGAUGACUCAGCAAUUAAAAUUGUCUGGGGGUUCGAAGCUCUUCCAAGACGCGGUCACAGUGCAAAUCAACAUGAAGGAGGCUACGCCUGAUGCUGAUGAUAAAGUGAACAAGAAGUACACUGCCAACAAGCACCGCUUUGAAGCCAGCAGACAUACGGCGUCGAUGCUUCUGGAAGCAGAGGAUAUGAGUGCAAAGGAAGGAGAUCCGGGCUCAAAGAUGGAGGUCAAAAUCACCAUCAACAUGAAGCAACUGGAGAAACAUCACCGUGAAAUUGAGUCGUACAUUUCUCCAUUUACCCCAUCUCCAAACUCAAUCUUCCUUCGUAUCCCACCUAGACCAGAAGAUUACGCCCGCAUCGAGCUCGCACGGGAUGAAGUCGAAAAACUCGUUCGCGAAGUUCACCUUCAAACCCCUCACAUCAUUACUGAAGAGGAGUCUAGAGAAUAUCUCCAAAUUCUUCGUAAGCUCGAUGUCCGUCUCAGCGCUUUGUAUCCAAGACCACCAGCACCGGGAGACAAAGAGAAGAAAAGCUAUCGCAUGUGCCCAUGCUACGAACCUGAGAUGGAGGACAUUGAAGAUCUGGUUGUUUUCUACGAGCAAGUUUUCCGUGGCCAUCGAUUUAUGCACCGCUGUAACCUCUACAUGGCGGAAAAACAAGCCGCUGAAGAGCAAGGACUCCCCAUUCCCCUCCCUCCAAAGAUCGAUGAGAUCCGUUAUUCACACGGACAGUGUUAA